CGCGGGCUUCUCCGUCUAACGUCUUCGUGACCCGCUCCCGUCUGAGGCGCCGCCGCCGCCGCGAGACCCCGUUUCUUUUGUGCUCCCACCGAACGCCUCGCGGGGUCGCCUCUCGGCCGCGCGCGCGCACGCACGCGGGUCUGCAGAAUCCAUGCGGCUCCUCCUCGAGGGGGUCGCGGCGACUGAGAGCCCCCACCCCCUCCUCUUUCUCUCUCUCUCCGGGCUCCUCCUGCGCCCGCCCCGGCACCGAUUGUUGACAAAAGACGCAGCGGAACGAAGCGAAAGGAGCCCGGUACCGGCGAGCAGACCUGGCCCGUAACUUGACUCGUCUCUCGGAGCGGCCCGGGAAGUGGAGGAUCGGCGCGCGCGGCUGGCGGUGGGAGGUCGAGGACUCUUCCGCUGCUCGAAAACCGUGUGGCCGGCGUGAUUCGGUGGUCGGACCGCAGCAGGCCGGCGUGGAGCGGACGCCCCCCUCCUCCUCUCUUCCUCCGAAAACCAUUAGUAAAUCCCGACAAACCCGGCGGCCGGCAUGGGUCACGCUCGGUGAGUCGCCGCGCCACAACAGAGCUCCGGGAGGCGUCGGCGGCGGCCGCAGGCGGGUCCAUCCAGCCGGGAAUGGUGUGAGCGCACGCGACCAGGCAGUCUGGAUCUGACCGGGGACCCGUCGUUUCCCCGGAGCCUCCGUGGCUCCAAGCCGCGUCCCGAGCCCUCCAAGAUGGGGAAGUGCGACGGCAGAUGCACGCUGCUGGUGAUCUGCUCCCUGCAGCUGGUGGCAGCCCUCCAGAGGCAGGUGUUUGACUUUCUGGGCUACCAGUGGGCUCCCAUCCUGGCCAACUUCCUCCACAUCAUGGCCGUCAUCCUGGGCAUGUUCGGCACCGUGCAGUUUCGCUUCAGAUACCUCAUCUUUUAUGCAGUAUGGCUGGUUGUUUGGGUGGGCUGGAACUCCUUCAUCAUCUGUUUCUACCUGGAGGUUGGAAAUCUGUCUCAGGACAGGGACUUCCUGAUGACCUUCAACACAUCCCUCCACCGCUCAUGGUGGAUGGAGCACGGCCCUGGUUGCCUGGUGACGCCGGUGCUAGACUCUCGGAUGGCCCCCGACGACCAUCACGUCAUCACCGUCUCCGGGUGCCUCCUCGACUACCAGUACAUCGAGGUGUUGAGUUCGGCCAUUCAGGUCCUGUUGGCUCUCUUCGGCUUUGUAUACGCCUGCUACGUAAGCAAAGUCUUCCAGGAUGACGAGGACAGCUUUGACUUCAUUGGUGGCUUUGACUCUUACGGCUACCAGCCUCCUCAGAAGUCCUCUCAUCUGCAACUGCAGCCUCUUUACACGGCUGGUUAACUGCUGGUAGCGCCCCCUUCAGGCCAAACCCUGAUGGUGUCACUGUGGACGAAAGGCAGGGGUGGCCCAGAACAAACUCACUCUGUGUCACAGUUUACCCGAAUAAUGGACAUAACCCCACCCAGAGAGCAAGACAACUGUGUGCGUGUGCGUAUGUUUGCGUGUGUGCCCGUAUCUGAGAAUGAGGAACACAGCCCUGAUUAGAAUGUACAGAGCUCAGGGAAGAACCAGCAUGCCGGGUGGUGUGAUGCGAAGGAGACUGAGGAGGUAGAGACGCAAAGAAAAAGAGCUGAGGACACACUUCACUAAACUGCCAGCUCUCAAUACCCCCACAAGUGUGUGUGUGUGUGUGUGUGUGUGUGUGUGUGUGUGUGUGUGUGUGUGUGUGUGUGUGUGUGUGUGUGUGUGUGUGUGUGUGUGCAUUUGAAUGAGUAUGACUGUUACUCCAGGACUAACAGGUGCUCUGUGGUUGCGCCCUGGACUCCUACCACUCGGUGCCCCUGUGAAUUUAGUUUUGUGUGUGUGUGUGUGUGUGUGUGUGUAUGUGUGUGUGUGUUGGGGUGGUCUGGGUGGGCUCACAUAAUAAAAAGAGGCACGGCUCGUACCUGUUGUCGUUUUAGAAUGUGGUGAUGUCAAAUUAGAGCAGUCUUAUGAUUCCUGCUCCCAAAGCCAUCUUUCCUUCCUCCUGUCCCAUUCAACGUCACUGUUUUAAGUUAUUACCCAGCACUGAAUCCAGGCAGCUGGAGCGGAAAGGAGAAAUACGUCUUUAAAAAUGUGUCACAGAAUCAGACUUGAUGUUUUUAGAUAAAACACUAAUCCCUGGACACUAGUUUUACACACUCAAACCACAGUUCUGUUAUUUUUAGGUACGGAAAAACAAUUUUAGGUUUUGACUUCACAAACUAUACUUAUCAAGAUUGUUUUGUACAGUAACAAGAACUGAAAAUACCACCAGACUACAUAAUUGUGAGGUACGUCAAGCUCCAGUCAGUUUUCUGUGCCGGGAUGUUUAAUUUGGAGGAAUUCAGCCUGCUGUUCAUGUGAUGCUGUUGAUUAGCGAUGCAGAUGGCUUUGGGGUCAGGCAUUAGUGUGUCUGUAGGGGGGAACAUACUGUGCAUGUAAAUAACCAGCCAAUGAUUGUUUUGUUGGUUUCAUUUAGAAAGGGGGGUUGUAUUAGAGAGUGGGUGGAACUCGGGCGGAGGGGUAAGCAUCAAGUUUUUCUUCAUACCUGUUUCUCAUGUCCUGUCUUUUUUUCUGCAGCUAAUUCUCCCCAUUUUCUCACUAACAUGCACAGUGAUAUGGUCCUGAGUAGCUUUUGCAUAUGUAAUUGGAUACAUGAAGAGGGAAAAAAGGGAGACAGGUAUGAGGUGAAGACCUCAUUGGGUGUCAGGUUAAGCUUGAAAUAAUAAAAACACACUUUCUACAUUAAAUCUGACCUCUGUUGCCAUCUGUAGUCACAUUUGUCUCAUGCUGAGCGACUAAGGGUUUAAUAAAUUAAAUGCUUUAAAUCCUUCUGUUGAUUACAUUCUAUUAAUAUUGGGAUUAUGAAGCACUGAUUUUUUUCCAGAUUACUUUAAAACAUUAGACAAACAACGCACCCUGGUGAGAUGUAAACUGUCUAAUGCAGAUUAAUUUAGAAACAUAAUGUGAUGCACUCUAGUAAAAAGAAAUUGUACUUUGACAUAAGACACACUGACAUUUCAAGCUAUUGAACAUCUCCAUGCCCCACGCUCCCACAGGAGACAUCAGCUUUGAGUUCAGAUGGUGACGUCAUCUGGAGGGGUUCUGGACGACCAAGAUUGCAAUCUCUGUUAUAGGAUUACAUCAUAUGGUGCACUGGAUAUAGUGCUGUUUGUAGCAGUCUGUGAACUUUUGAACAACGCAAAUAUGAGCAGAAAUAGUAUUUUAGGUGCAAUAUAUUCCAUUCUAAAGAGUAUAAAGGUCUAGCAUAAAGCAUAUAUUUUCUUAGAAUUAAGAUGCUGUACUCGACUGUAUGCAGUACGUCAACCACGCGCCACACGCACGUUUCUCCAACCCCACCGAGGUAUUUGUGCUAUUUGGGACACACGCUUCCUCUUCGCACCGUGCUCUUACAUUCCGGCGGCGUAGCGACGCGUCCAGCAGACACAUUGCCAGACCGUUGGUGCAGCGCGUUGCUAUAGCUACCAGGCACCCCCCGUUACGACACACACCCAUGAAUAACUGUCCCAGAAUAAACAUCCUAUAGCAUUUAUUGGUAGAAAUGUUUAUGUAUAUUCUUUAUAUUAGUCAUUUGCUAGAUUUGUUUUUUGUCUUGAUUUAUUUUGUAGAGGUCACACUAACGGAUGUAUAACGAAUGUUUAAUAAAUAAACGUCUGCUUGUUUGCUUCA